CUAGCAAUUAUUAUUUCUUCGUAUUCCUGGUACUUUUAGCAAAUCCCCCGACACAGACUAUGGCUGACAUGGACGUAGACUCGCCUGCCGCCAGCGGCACUGCCACGCCGACCGCCGGCAAGACCGCGCGCCCGCGCAUUGAAAUCAAGAAGUGGAAUGCGGUUGCGCUGUGGGCGUGGGACAUGGAGACGGAUACGUGUGCGAUCUGCCGCAACAACAACAUGGAGCUGUGCAUUGAGUGCCAGGCGAACCAGGACUCGGCCAACAGCGAGAACUGCACGGUGGCAUGGGGAAUCUGCAACCACGCGUUCCACUUCCACUGCAUCUCGCGCUGGCUCAAGAACCGGCAGGCGUGCCCGCUGGACAACAGAGAGUGGGAGUACCAGAAGUACGGCCGCUAGGCCAGCGGUGUCGCCACUGUGUAGUAGUCAAGUUGUUCAUGCUGUUUUUCACUCAUUAAAAAAGCUCUCCCAGGCCUAUGUCAGGUCCUCCUC